AUGAUCACGUUCAACUCCAAGUCCACAUGGGUCACCAUGGACGACGCCAAGGCCUCAUUCAACCUCUUCUGCUGCGUCUGCGGUAUCGGCUCGCUGGCCAUGCCCUCCAACUACGCCCGUGCCGGACCUGUCUACGCCACCAUCGCUCUGGGCUUCAUGAUCUUUGCCAACACGUACGCCGCCAUGAAGCUGUCCAAGGCCAUGCUGGCCGCUCCGUCGUCCGUCAAGACGUACGGUGAUCUCGGCGAGUGGGCUCUGGGCAAGUGGGGCCGCUUCUUCACCGUCAUCUCUCAGAUGGGUGUGUGCGUGCUGGUGCCCAUUGCCUUCCUGAUCCUCGGUAGCAGUCUGCUUGACGUGCUGUUCCCGGACUGCUUCAGCCAGACGUUCUGGAUCAUCUUCAUGGCGCUCCUGGUCGUCCCCAUCUGCCUCAUCCCGACUUUGAAGGAGAGCGCCGGCAUGGCCUUCGCCGGCUGCAUGGGCACCAUCAUCGCCGACGUGAUCGCCGUGUCGCUGCUCCAGUACAACCUGCGCGGCCACCCGUCGAUCCCCAAGCCGGACGUGUCACUCCACCAGGUCUUGACCUGCUUCGGUAACUUGGCUCUGGCAUACGGCGCCUCGAUCGUCAUCCCCGACCUGCAGCGCGAGCACUCGCAGCCGCAGCGCAUGCCGCGCGUCGUCAUGGUCACGAUGCUCAUUAUCUCGGCCUUCUUCUUCGCGGUGGCCAUCGCGGGCUACACAGCCGGCGGCUGCCAGUUGUCGGGCAACAUCCUGUACUCGAUCGUGGACACGUCCAACCCGAUGGGCCUGGCCCCUCUCGGCUUCAGCGCCAACCGCGGCGCUGUCGUCAUGUCCUACCUGUUCAUGCAGAUGCACAUCACCAUGGCCUUCUCGACGCUCAUGAUGCCGCCCUUCUACAUGGCCGAGCGCCUCAUCCUGGGCAUGCACCAGAACGCGCCCAUCAUCCGCUUCGACCCCGACUCGGACCCGGCCCACAUCGACGAGGACUUCGAGCUGCAGGAGAAGCAGUCGUACGUCAAGGUGGCCACGCCCGUGGAGCUCAACAACCGCCAGGUGUCGACCUCGAGCCUGCUGGACAAGUCCGAGGGCCGCAUCUCGCACCUCCGCGCGGCCAUCGAGUUCCCCGAGGAGAUCACGGAGGAGCAGCUCCGCGCGCCGUACCAGGGCGCCAAGAACAAGCUGCGCUACGUCACGCUGCGCCUGUGCAUCCUGCUGGUCCUGGUUAUCAUCGCUGUGGCGGCGCAGGACAAGUUCCUCGACCUCGAGGACUUCACGGGUGCCACGGCCCACACGGUCAACUGCAUGAUCAUGCCGCUGCUCAUCUACCUGCGCAUCUUCUGGCGGAAGAUGUCGGUGCUGGACAAGGGCGUGUCCAUGCUCGUCAUGGUCAUCUGCGGCUGCGCGGGCUUCUACGUCAUGAUCCACGCCGCCAAGGAGCUCUUCAGCCCCUCGGACGACGACACGCCGUUCCCCUACUGCGCCGCCGAGUACCAGGAGACGCCGUACUACAUCCACAACAGCACCAACUAA